AUGGGCAAGUCGGAAGCAGCGCCAGAGGCCAGGGCUGAAGCAGCCAAAGCGCCGACAGACUCGUCGUCAGGAGCAGCGGCAACAGCAUCAUCCUCAUCAGUAGCAGCAACGUCAGCAACAGUAGAGAAGGACAACUCUGCGGCGGUAUCGCAGACUACAGAAGCUGGAGCGGAAAACGAAGAGGAUGAUGACGGCAGACUGCUCAAGUCGAAGUACAAUGUCACAGUCACACUAGCAGAUCAGCAAGCAGACCCAGACUCGCCCUUAUACUCCGUCAAGUCUUUUGAUCAGCUUGGCCUGACGGAAGAGCUACUGAAGGGAAUCUACUCGAUGAAGUACCAGAAGCCAAGCAAGAUUCAAGAACGAGCUUUGCCCCUGCUUCUUCAAAACCCGCCUCGGAACAUGAUCGGACAGUCACAAUCAGGCACUGGAAAGACGGCCGCAUUCGUCUUGACGAUGCUCAGCCGAGUCGACUUUAACGUUAAUGCCACUCAAGCUAUCGCGCUGGCUCCAUCUCGUGAGCUGGCCAGGCAAAUUAUGGACGUGGUGCAAGAGAUGGGCAAAUAUACCAAGGUCAAGACUGCCUACGCCAUUCCGGAUGCCGUUCCGAGCGGAACGAAGAUAGAUGCUCACAUCGUAGUUGGUACACCGGGAAAGACGUUUGACCUGAUCAAGAGGAAGCAGAUUGACACAAAGAAUGUCAAGGUCUUUGUGCUAGAUGAGGCGGAUAAUAUGUUAGACCAGCAAGGACUGGGCGAGCAGAGUAUUCGUGUCAAGAAUACCGUUCCGAAGACUUGCCAGCUCGUGCUCUUCUCGGCCACCUUCCCAGACGUCGUGCGAGACUUCGCUACUCGCAUGGCUCCUCAGGCUAACGAGAUCCGCCUGAAGCAGGAAGAGCUGAACGUUGAUCUUAUCAAGCAAUUCUACAUGGACUGUAAGAAUGAGGAGCACAAGUAUGAAGUCCUGGUAGAGCUGUAUAAUCUGCUCACCAUUGGACAGAGUAUCAUCUUCUGCGCUCGACGAGAAACUGCGGACAAGAUUGCUCAGAAGAUGACCGCCGAGGGGCACAAGGUUGAUUCCCUGCAUGGCAAGCUCGAUACCGCCGAGAGAGAUCGCACCAUCGAUGCCUUCAGGGAUGGCAAAUCGAAAGUCCUCAUUGCAACGAAUGUCAUUGCCAGGGGUAUCGAUAUCAUGCAGGUCACGCUUGUAGUCAAUUACGAUAUGCCAGUAACGCAAUCAGGCAAGCCUGAUGCUGAGACGUACCUGCACAGAAUUGGACGGACGGGUCGUUUCGGUCGCAAGGGUGUGUCGAUCAACUUUGUGCACGAUCGCGCUUCGUGGCAAUUGAUGAACGGCAUCGAGCAGGCGCUGUCAUGCGAGAUUCUCAGGGUGCAGACGGAGGACAUCGAGGAAAUGGAGGCGACCAUCAAGAAGGCUCUGAAGGGGUGA